GCGUCUGUCAAUUCGACAUUGACAUACCGAAGUGACGUGUUUCGAAAGCGAACUUGUUUUUGAAAACGUCCGCAGAAAUUAAAAAGCGAUCAUCAUUUGCUUACAUUUACAUUAAUAUUUUAUCAAUAUAGAUUCGAUAAGCUGCUUUAUCGUCCACAAAGGAAAAAUGUAUCGUUUAAUAGUGUUAGCGGCUGUGUUUCAAUUUACUAUAUGCCAACAAUAUCAGCAAAAGGUAGCACCUGGGGUGCCACCGCAAAAUUAUCAACAACCUCAGUACCAACAGCCUCCGCCGCCACCUCAACAACAAUAUCAACAGCCUCCUCAACAACAGUACCAGCAGCCACAACAGCCGCCUCAACAACAAUUUCAACAGCCACCCCAACAACAGUUCCAACAGCCGCCCCAACAACAAUAUCAACAGCAGGUGCCAGUGCAGCAGGUGCCUGUUCAACAAGCACCACAAGGACAUGGAGGUCAUGGUGAUCCACAUUUACUAGACACGAAAAAUAUUGCCCACGAAAGAGAGCACAUCCAAGAGCACAUGGAGGUGCCAAUUGACACAUCCAAGAUGUCGGACCAGGAGCUGCAGUUCCACUACUUCAAGAUGCACGACGCUGACAACAACAACAAGUUGGACGGAUGCGAGCUGAUCAAGUCUCUCAUACAUUGGCACGAACAAGGCCACAAGCAGCAACCUCAACCAGGCAACCCACCAGCUGAAGACAAAAUAUUCAAAGAUGACGAACUAACCAAUCUAAUUGAUCCGAUUUUAAACAUGGAUGACCAUAAUCGAGACGGGUAUAUAGAUUACCCUGAAUUCAUUAGGGCACAACAGAAAAACAUGAACAAGGAAGGAUAACAAGAUGCAUUACUAGUGAUUUUGAUUGCUGCCAUUUUGGUAGCAUUCUCUUUGGUGUGGCAACCCUGAAAACUUCAUGUCAAUAUCAAAUUUACUUUUUUUAAUUUAAAUCAAAUGUUUUCAUUUUUUAGUAUAAGAAUAUGUAACUGUAAAUACUCAAUUAUGCAAAAGACACUUUUAUAGAUAAUCAUAGAACUAAAUUGUUACAAAAUUGUAAGAAAAUUUAUAAAAAAUGUUGUAUAAUUUGCAAAAAAUCUAAAAUAACUAAAAAGAGCUUUAUUAAAAUAUGUACAAUAUUUUCCUUCAUCGUCAUUUUUAAUCGUUAAAAUAUAUACAAAAUGUCUUAACUAUCCAAUGUGCCAAGAUUUUUAUAAUUUUAUUUUUUUUCCUCAUUACAAUUUUAUUUACAUUUAUUUACAAUUUUAUCUUCUAAUUUUCGACGUUACUUAUUAUAAUAUUAUUCCUAAUGUUGUCUUAAAAUAAAUGUGAAAACACCUCUAACUAAACUAUAAACCAGACAAUGACGACCAGUUCAUAGUUUUUAUAAUUUCAGUGUUGCCAUACAAAAGGAUAAAACUAAUACCAUUCCAUCUACUUAGUACGUAAGAUUUUGUUUGUAAAAUUAAAAUCCGUUUACAAUUUAAUUUGGUUGAUGUUAUUCUGUCAUUAUUCUAAAAUUUAUUUCACACAUAUUAUAUGUUUUAUAAGUGAUAUUUUUUUGAAAUGACUUUCUUUUAAGCGGCUAACAAACUGUAAACUGUCAACUGUAAAUUGUAAACAGUAUACUGUCAAAUGUAAACUGUCAAAUGUAAACUGUCAACUGUAAACUGUCAGAAAUCGUCACGUAACAUAUCAUAAAGUACCAGGACAACAGAGUGUAUUAGGAAAUUGCUAUUUGAUACAUAGUGACAGAAUAACAUCAACUACAAAAGCAAAACAGAGCCACUAGUUUAAAUAUGAAGUGAAAUCAAAUCAAACUUACCUAAUCUCUCGAUCUGUACCAAUUUUAAUGGGGCUCUCACUGGAAUAUAGGGAAGGUUGUUGAGCAAUAUAUUUUUAUCCGGUAAUAAUAGGAUAGGUUUAAAUUAAUUUGAUAUGACGUCGCUGAAUCUCGUGUUGGCUCGUGUCGACGCUAAAUGGCGCGGCUUGUUUUCGUAAAGAGUAGGGAGUUAGAGAGGGGUACCGAUCGGUUGGCGGGAACGACUUGCGAUAUAUGGCGCUCGUCGCGCGAUCGGCUUCAGUGUGCAGUGUCGCGUGGCGUUCGAGUUGUCCACAUUUCUUGUUGGGUUAAUUUUUUAUGGGUUACUUGGGAUAGGCGGGAGAGUGACUUGAGUGGAAAAGGGAAGUGUUACUUAAUCAUUUAAAAUUAAAACUUAUCGAAGACGCCUUUAACCCUACACACGUCGUUCACAAGUGCGUGACUUCACUCAAGGUUCUAUUCUAUUAUAUUCACUAUUCUCUGCCAUUCUAGAGUCUACAGUCUUUUGGUUACAGUUUGAUUUGUUAAUUAAGUUGUCCUGACAAAUUGUUCGACAUUGGUUUUCAUAUUUUUGUAAUCCAUUUCUGACUCUGCUAAAAUAUCUUUUUGGCUCUGUUUUGUGUAGUUGUGUACUCAAAUACUGGGAGAUUCUAAUAUACUUUACUAUUUACUUUAAGCGCUGGUUUGUAUCUGGCGGUCUAUGUUGUAUUAUACAAUAUUGACUUACUAUGAGGUGUAUAUAUUUUUUUAUAUAAAAAAGUCGAAUUUUAUAAUUCUCAUCUCCACUUGAAAUCGAAUAUAUUUUAUUUCCAAUUUUUGGGUUCCGUAGAAAUGUAUUUACUCAAAGGAAACUCCAAUGAAUGAGAUACUAAAAUCAUUAUUGAAUAUUUUAUAAAAAAAACUGAUUAUUAUAUAACAAAGAAAAUAUUCCUUUUUUGGGGUCAUGUUUUUGGAUUUUAUUAUGUUAAAGACACAAAGUUUUUUCUUCUUUUUGUCUAUGGAACCCAUUUGACUGUUUUCUUUCUUUUCUAAUUUUAACCUUAAAAAUUCUUAAUUCUUUUUAAUUUAGUUUUAAAACUGUCAUUGUUUAUUUAUUUGUAUUUUUAAUUUAAGGAAUACAAUGUAUAUAGAUCAGUACAGAUUGGAUAUUUUUAUUAAUGUGUAUUUUUUUUUCGAAUAUUGAGAGAUCUAAACUUAUAAAUACAAAAAGUUAUAUAUUUUUUUCUUUUUAGUGACUUAAUAGUGUCAUAUUCUCUGUGUAUUUUUUGUUAAACAUAACGAGGUCAAAAGGCCUAGAAGCCACUUGAAAAAAUGUGAUUAAACUUAAAAUAAGUGAUUCCUUGAAAUAAUAAAAAAAAAUCAACUCUAGAGAAAAGAUGUUUUUGAAAUCUAAAUUAUGCUAUUGUCAUUUUAGGCUGUAAUAAUUUGCAAUCAGAUAAAAAAUGUUUUAUUUUCACUAAAUGACUUGAUCUUGGCUGAUAAAUGAAUACUUAAAAUCUUAUAUUUUAUAUCAAAAUCUUAUAUCAUGUCACAAAAAAAAUUGUAGGCCAUUUUUGUGAAAUAAUUUAAAAAUUGCGAAAUAUUUCUUACUAAAAUAGUU